GCCCCGGACACCGGUUAGAAUGACUCAUCAAAUUAAUGUGAGAUGGUUGGUCUAACACAACGUACGUCCAGAGUUGUUAUGCAGUAUACUGUCUGAGUUGUUUACUUUACCAUCCAAGACAGUGACACACAGACACACACAUUUAAACACCAUUUUCACUUUCCAUUCUUUCUGCAAGAAAAACUGAGAAGGAAGAAAAUGGAUAAAGCUCUGACUAAACUUGGUAGCUAUUGGGUCUCCAAGAAAGCUAAAGAAGAGUUUUCCAACAUAACCAACGACCUAUCUUCUCUCUCAAAUACUGUUGAAGACAAGGCAAAACUUUUCAUCAACAAGCUCAAAGGCAAAACUCAGAAAUCUUUACCAGAUCUCCUUAAAGAGCACAACCUUCCUCCGGGUCUGUUUCCGCGUAACAUAACAUGCUACGAGUUUGAUGAAUCAAAAGGAAAGUUGAUAGUGCAUUUGUCCUCCCCUUGUGAGGUAUGCUUCAAGGACUCAUCCAUUGUGAGAUAUUCAAACCGUGUCAAAGGAACAUUGUCAAAGGGGAAACUCAUUGUUGUAGAUGGAAUGAAGACCAAAGUUCUUGUUUGGGUUAAGGUCACUAGUGUUUAUGUUGAGAGUUAUAAAUCUGACAAAGUAUGGUUCACUACCACUGGUGUUAAAAAAUCAAGGUCUAAAGAUGCUUAUGAAAUGCCUCGUGAUGCUGUUAAGGUGGAAGAUUAUUGAUUCCAAUGAAUAUAGGUCAUAGCCUUAUUAAUCAUUAAGCAAUUCAUUAAUUCAAUUUGUUUGUGUAAGCUUAGAGAUGUGAAGCUAUGGUACAAUAUUUAGCAUAUUUGGAAAAUAUGUACAUUUUACAUUGUGACUGGUUUUAAGAAGAGCACUCUAGUCUAUUCUAAGAUUCUAAGUGUUUGCAAGUUCAAUGAAUGUUGCAAUCUAAGUCGUAGUAUUUAAAUAUAGUUGUACACCAUAAACUUGAAAUAUGUGUGUGUGUUUUUUGUUUAA